AUGGACAAAAGAAUAUCAGAUGCGGCAGAACUGCUGCGACAGGCUUCGAGUAUGUUACUGUCAGUAGAUCCAGGAACUUCUUCAUCUCCAGCUUUAGUGCGAAGCCCAGAGGCAGAGUCUGAACGUCCGACAGUAAGACCACAGGGAAGAUCAGUAAACGAAACCCUCGCAAGAGCAAGGAGUAUGAUGCAAAGCAGUAGAACCACUGGAGUGUUUAGGCGGCUUAGCAGCAGCGAAAGAUUGAGAGCAACUUCAGGACCAAAGGAAAAGAAAAGCAAAACGGCUUCUUCGACUGGUAGUAAAGAUAAACCUUUCGAAUUUGCCCUGCUUGCUUGUGGAGAUGUCGACAGUGAUGAACCAGAUGACAGCUUGAAGAAGGACAUGAUUCUGGAUCGAGGUAUUGUGAGUCUUAAUGAAAAAGAUAACGAAGCCGCUAUUCGUGAAAAACUUGUUUCAUCGCUUAAAGGCAAGUAUGGCAUGAUUGGUCAAAAUGAUUUUGAAUUUAUAAAAGUAAAUCAGAAAAAAAUCUCGGUUCUACAUUUAAGUAAAGGAACAGAGUAUAAUUACGACGUUGUCAAGAAACUUGUAGGACAAGGGCUUUUGUACGUUAGAAUUAGAAGGGGAUAUGAAUUUGUAAUUGAACAAACUUCAGAUUCUGGAUCAGACUUUGUAAUGACAUAUCCUGCUGCUGAGAAUGAUGCUAAAACUGAAGCACAUCUUUCAGAAGACGAGAACAUGCCCCAGUCAGGACUAGCAGAUGAAUUACCUGUGGCUGCACAGCCACCCAUCUCAGUAGAUCUAUCUCAGCAGCCUGGUUCAAGCACAAAUAUAGAAAGUCCUCACACGUUCUUUGACACGGUUGUAAAUGAGUUUCCAUCAAAUAUAACUGAACCAACAGAAAUCCUUAGAUAUCUACAAAUGAAAAUUGUUAGAGGUAGACCAUUGGAGGUAACUGAUCCUUCCACAGACCUUCAAGGAGAAACAAACUUCAUAACUGUAGACAGAGAGAACAUUCUUCAAACUACUUUUGAGGAACUAAAAUCUGUUGAUGAUCCCAGAGUCACAUUCGAGGUCCAGUUUUAUGCGGAACAAGCUGUUGACAGUGGUGGUCCACGUAGAGAGUGGAUGCGACUUUGCAAUCAACAAAUCAAGAUCAAGUAUUUUGAUAAUGGUAUCAAUUUGUCGGAAGAUUACUUCUAUGUUGGACAAAUGAUUAGCAUUGCUCUUCUACAAAAUGGCCAGUUGCCUGUCUACAUCCCUGAAGAUAUUUUGCAGGCCAUAUUUGUGGGGAAAUGUGAGCAGUUGUCUCCUUGCAUCAUGGAGCUAAAGCGUGGUAUGGAUACAUUGGGGAUUCCAGCAUUUGGAAGAAAAUUUCCCCAGUUGUUGUACCUUCUCAGGCCAUCAGCCAUUGCCAAGUUAUCAGUUCGCAGGCUUCUAUUCCUGCUGAAACCAGCAUUUUCUGAGGAAGGGUCCAACGCUCUGUCUCGUGAGAAAGCUGUGUAUACAAAAUUUGUAAAAUACACAAGGGAGGUGUCCAGUGGCCGAAGGGUUGUUACUCUGGAAAACAUUCUAGAAUUUGCCACUGGAGCUAGUGAAGAACCACCCCUUGGUUUUACAAGAUCCCCCAACAUCCAGUUCAUAGAAGUUGACAACAAAGAGUUGACUACAACAGAAAAUGAGGUAAGCAUUUUAUUAUUUGUAUUUUCACCAUUUAGUUGUCAUAUUGUUAUACUAAAUUGCUAUUUUACAAUUAACCAAAUAUUCACCGAAGGCGAGGUGAUUACAAGCCUAUAUUCACUGAGCUGCGAAGUGAAUAUAGUCUUGUGAUCACCAAGCCUGAGGUGACUAAUUGUUUUAGUAUAAAUUCAGUAUUGAAACAUAAUAAUAUAUACAAACGUUUAUAAAUAAGAUUUACUUCACCUUUAAUUUCUUCAAUUCUUUCUUCCAUGAUUUGUUUGCAAACUGUGGAUUUUCGACAGCCAUUUUGUUUUGGAAGCAAUAGUUUACUGCUCAGAGAAGUCUGAGCACCAGUCAGAAUGCUUGAAAGCCAUUUUCAAUACUGAAUUUAUACUAAUAACAUUUAGCAUUUCCCAAUCAAGCAGGGUACUGGUUCAAAUUGAUAUUACAAAGCAUCCAUGUAUUGUUGGGAAGGAUGAUCACAGAUCAUUUACAUUGCUGUCUUUUCAAACAUACUGUACCAUAGAGGUAAAAUGCUUUGCAGUCUCAAUUGCACCCAGGAUCCUUUAAUCAAUCUCAAUACAUUACAUUGUUAGUAAAAUAAUCUAAUGUAUUAGAGGCAAACCUAAAGCAGAUUCAAGAUUCACUACUAUAGGAUUCCUUGCUCAAUUGGAAAAAUUCUGAUACCAUAGAGACACAAGGUCAUAUGAAUAUUAUAGGAAGAUUUCUUAGCAGGUACAACAGGCUUGUAUAUGGCAGAGAAGGGCUCAUGAUCUGAUGUGUUUUUUUCUGUAUUCAACAAACUAAUACAUCUAAUUAACCAGGGAGAAUAGUUGGGGAUAAUGUGUGGAUUCUACAGUAGGUCUCCAAGGUAGUCCCAAACUUGCAAGUAGAAACAGGGCUUUAAUUAACAGCUUUUGAUCCUAUAUAGACCUUUAACACCCACAUUUGAAUUUAUGGUUUAAAGAACAUAUGAAUGUUCUUUACUUUAUAGAGCAACCAAGUGUCAGAAGAAGUACAGCAACUUAAUGAAAAGAAGAAAAUGUGGUAUUUCACACCAACAGCCCAUACAUGUCCAAACACAUUGCAAUUGCCAACAGAAAGCAUGGUUCUUCCUCUUCCCUCUGAAGAAGACCUGUUCCAAUUGUAUGAUAUGGCAUUCAAGAACACUCACUUUGGUAUUAGAUAGAGCUGAAAAACAAAGCAUUCAAUAUGUUUUUCAAGUUUAGGAGAAAAUACUAGUCAUCUUUAUUAGCAAUGAUAUUGGAG